GGAGGGACUGGGAGGGGACUGGGAGGGGACUGGGGGACACUGGGCCGUACUGGGGUGUACUGAGAAGGCGCUGGGCCGUGCUGGGAGGGACUGGGAUGGCGCUGGGAAGGCACUGGGACGCACUGGGAGCGUACUGGGCUGUACUGGGCUGAACUGGGCUGUACUCGUCUGAAUCCCAGAAAACUCCCACUCUCCGAAGGUCCCUUUACGCUUCUUUUUCCUCAUCCCGGGGGAUUUCACCCCAAAUCCCACAAAUUCCCGCCCCAUUCCCUCUUCUGUUCCCUCCCACUCUCCUCCCCGGUGACCUUUGGAAAACCGGGAACCGUUUUACCGCUGGAAUUUCCGCCCUUUUUGGCUCCAAAGGUCCCAGGAGCCUCCGCAGCCUCUGACAGGUUUCAAUCCCAAGGGAUUUCUGGAGAUCCUGCGGGUGCUGCUGGAAAACCGGGAAUGGGGCCCUGGAUCCGGAUGAUCCCCCUCAUCGCGUUCUCCGGACUCCACCCCCCAACGGGGAGCGUCCAUGACCCGCUGCUCGUCCUGGAUGGAUUGGAAGACUCCGGAAUCCGCCUCAAGUGCCUCUCGGAGCGGCUCUUUUCCGAAGUCAAGGAUCGUCGACAGCCUCGGGAAAACAUCCACGGAAUCCUCCGUCGUCAUCACGGAGAGUUUCUUCCCGACCAUCUCCCUCUGGCUCCCGGCUUUUGUGAUGAUCCUGCUCUUUGGAAUAUUCCUGGUCCUGGCAGCUGUUUAUAAACUCCGGAUCAACCAAAAGGCGACGGAUCAGGAAAAAAAUGCCCAGAAGCAAAUUCAGGAGGACAUCGAGGAAUUCAAGAUGGAGCUGGAGGAAGUGCAGGAAAAAUUCCAGAAGGAAAACCAGGAGAUGACAACAAAACUCGAACAAAUCCAGGCCCAACUGGAUUUCAGACGUGCCCAGAGCUACGCAGUCCCGCUGACCCUGGAUGAGCUCUGCAAACAUCCCGAACUCUCCCUGCGGGACCAAUCCCGGCUCGUUUCCUGCUCCGCCGCCGAGCAGCUCCACCCCAAACCCCUCGUCCUGGCCAAGGAAUCCUUUUCCCAAGGGAAGCACUACUGGGAAGUGGAAGUCGGGGAUGGAUCCGGCUGGGAGCUGGGGGUGCUGGCGGAGGAAAUCCGGGAUUCCCUGCGGAACGACGGGAUGGCGCUGCCGCGGGAGCGGGAGCGGGUUCUCAGCCUCGGCUAUUCCCGGGGGGAAUUCAGCAUUCCCGGGGGCUGGAAUUCCGGGCCCUGCCCAGUGCUCGGGGUUUUCCUGGAUCAGGAAUCCCACAGCCUCUCUUUCUUCGACGUGGAAGGGAAGAGUCUCCUGGCGUCGCUUCCCUUGAGGUUUUCCGGGAAUCUCUUCCCGUUUUUCAGCCCCGGCUCCGACGGAAAGGGGUUGGGAAUUCGCUCUGUGGGGGGUUAAUAAUUAAAAUAAUAAAUUAUUUAAAUAUCAAUCGAUUAUCAUAUUUAUAACUGGUGAUAAUUAAUAAAUUUGUAGAGGGGAUCAUAAUGUAAAAUAAUUUCUUAAAUAAUAAAUUAAAUUAAAAAUUAAAGUUUUCCAAUUUUUUUUCUGUUUCCUAUCCUAAUUAUUUUCUCCUCUGGAGAAGAGGAUGGAAAACAGGAAAUCCCAAAAUUCCCAAGGGAAUCCCAGAUCCAGAGAUUCUGCUGGGAAUUGCAUCCAAGGGAACUCCCACCCCCCCUUGUUCAUUCCACCUGAUGGAGUCGGGAUCAAACUCCUGCUCCAGGCUCUUCCCACCCAAAUUCCAGCACAUUUGGGGACCAAAUAACCUCUCCUUCCCAUCCUUUUCCUGCCAGGAAUUCCCCGAGGGGCCCAAACGUCCUAAGAAUUCCCAAAACAACAUUUCCCUUCAAAAACCUUUUAUUCCAUUUCUUUUUUUUCCCAGGAAAAGCCAGUCCCAGACAGGUUUUAUCCAGGGAAAACCAGUCCCUCGCCCCCUCCUUUCCCUCUUUUUUCCCUCCCACACCCUCACGUUCCUUCCCAUUCCCAUUCCCAUCAUUUUCUCCCCCCUUUCCCCAGUCCCUGCUCAAAGUCCCUUUAGUGGGACCGGGAUCGGCACCGGGCGGAUCCCGAUCCCUUCCCCCUGGGACACAAACGGGAAGAACAUUCCCUGGGAAUUCCCUGCGGUGCUCAGACCCAGCCUCUCCAGGAGCUCCGCGGUCUCCACGUCGUAGAAUUCCAGGCACUCCCAAUCCAGGUCCAGGAAGACGCCGAGGGCGGAGCCGCUCCAGCGGAGCUUCCCGAGCCCGCGGGCUCCGGCGCUGGAGCAAAGCUCUCCCUGGGAUCGGCGCAGAGCCCAGGAAUCCUGGCUGGGAACGGGCCGGGCCUCGCAGCCCGCGUGUUCCCGCAGCACUCCCAGCGCCCAGUCCUGCUCCCGGCCCAGCUCCAGCUCCCAGUACUGCUUCCCGCUUCCAAAGCCUUCCCGCCCCACGCGCACCGGGAACGUGGGAGCGGCCGCGUCGCCCUCCGCGCUCGGGAGCUCCAGGAUCCGCUCCGGGGCAUUCCAGGCCACGGGAACUGCGGGACAGCAGGAGGAGGAGCCAGGGAAUCCGUGGAUCCCUGAAUUCCCAAGUCCCUGAAUCCCAGAAUCCCCAAAUCCCAGAAUUCCCAAAUCCCUGGAUCCCCGAGUGGCUGAGGUUGGAAAGGCCCCCAAGGUCCCCCCGGAUCUCUCCCAUCCUGGGAUUUCCCAGGACACAAAUCCCUCUCCCUCUUCCCAUCCAUCCCCUCGGGAAUUGCAUCCCGAUCCCAUCCCGGCCUUGGACACCUUCCAGGACUCCCUUUUCCCACCAUUCCCAACAUCCCCAUCCCUUCUCCAUUCCUGCCAUCCAAGGCACAUUCCCAUUUUUCCAGCUCACCUGCGUGGCUCCGGGCUUCCCAGAAAUCUAUGGAAAAACAACGGACAUCGCUGCAUUCCAGGUUUUUUGGUGGAAUUUGAUCCUCCCUGGACUGGGAAAACCCUCUGGAUCUCCCAAAAAUCCCAAUUAACCCCCAAAUCCCAGGAGUUUCCACAAUCCCAAGGUUUUUACUCACCCAGCUCUGCCUUCA